AUGUCUACACGCAUACUUGAACUUUAUGCAUAUCUAUCUAUCUAUCUAUCUAUCUAUCUAUCUAUCUAUCUAUCUAUACUAUUUUUUAUCAUGAUGAGCUUAGUCUGGCAUAUCCGUUUGAAUUUUUUCCUUUUUUUCUUCUUUUUUUACUUUUGUUCUUUAUUUUUCUUUUUGUCACGUUUUUUUUCUCUUUAUCAAUUUUGGUUGGAUAUUUUUUAUUCUUUCUUUAUCUCUUUCCGCAUUUCUUUCCCUUCGGUCUCUUUUCUUUUCUUCUUUCUCAUCCCAUAUUUCUUUCUUUCUUUUCGCUUUCUUUCUUUCUUUUCAAGUUCUUUCUUUCUUUCUUUCUUUCUUUCUUUCUUUCUUCUUCCCUUUCUGAUUUUAUUCUUUCUUUUUCUAUUACAUUCUAUCAAUUUUUAUUUCCUUCUUUAUCUCUUUUUUCUGUUUUUUCUUUCUUUUUUAUUUUUCUUUAUUUUUCUCUUUCCUUAUAUCUCUUUUCCUUUCUGUUUCACAUCACUCUUUCUUUCUUUCUUUCUUUCUUUCGUUUUCUCCUAUUUACCUUUUCUUCUUUCUUUUACUGUUUCCAUUUUCUUUUUUCUUUUACUUCUUUCUUCACUUUCUGAGAUUAUACUUUCUUUUUUCUUUUUGUCUUAA